AAAGAGGGAUUUCGAAAUCUCUGUCCUUGACAGAAAAGGAAAAAAGAGAAAAAAGAAAAUGGCAUUUUCAUCGACGAAAUCCCUGGGAAAACCAGUCCUUUCCUUUGCUUCAUCUUCUUCUGGCCCUUUGAAGUCAGCGCUGCUUCUCCUACAAACUCAAAGCCCGUACAAAUACCGCUCCUUGUCGUCGUCUUCUAUUUCUAAUCAAGUGGCGGAAACAGAGGACGACGUCGCAGCAGCGAGCUCGGGAAUCAGUCGGCCGCUCUCCGAAAUCCUCAAAGAACUGAACAAGAAAGUCCCCGAUUCCCUCAUCAAAGUGCGCCUGGAAGAUGGCUUCUCCAUGAAAUAUAUUCCCUGGCAUCUUGUGAAUCGGAUUUUGAAUUUACAUGCUCCGGAAUGGUCGGGUGAGGUUCGAACCAUUACCUAUUCUGCUGACGGCAAGUCUGUGUCUGUCGUUUAUCGGGUGACUCUCUAUGGGACCGAUGCUGAGAUAUUUAGGGAAUCAACGGGAACUGCUUCAGUAGAUGACACAAGUUAUGGGGAUCCUGUCCAAAAGGCAGAAUCAAUGGCAUUUCGUCGAGCUUGCGCGCGCUUUGGGCUUGGACUUCAUCUUUACCAUGAAGAUAUGUCAUAGUAAGACACUUAGUUUGUGCUGUGCAAGUUUGCGUUUUGUCUUUCAUCGUGUUGGGGAAAAUCAAGCUUAAUGCGGCUUCGUUCUUUUGGUUGUCGUGUAGUUUUGUAUCAAGAUAAACAGUUUCAUGAAAACCUGAAGAAAAGCCCCCUUUUUUGUUCAUUUUAAUGUAGCAGACAAUUGCUAUUGAAGCAUCAACCCCUGUAUUUAAGCCAGUAUUUUUUAGUA